AUGGCGAGCUGCGGAGCUGCUUCUCAUCUGGAGGACGGAGACGGAGAUAUCCCUGCGCCUGAAAACAAAGACAACACGGGAACAUCCACUGAGGACAGCUCAGAGGACGAGGACGAGGAGGAGGAGGAUGAAGAGGAGGCUGAGGAUUCUGAAGGCAGCGCUGAUAAGUUUGGAGGAGAGGAAGACAACGAAGAGGCCGAGGCCGAGGAGUUUAAAAACGAGUCAGUCGCUAGACCUGAAGCAGAGGUUUCAAAUGGGAAAGAUGAAAGGGCCUUCAAAUUCUGCUGUGAAAAAUGUAAAGCUGUUCAGCAGAGCCACGGCAAUGAGCUGGUCACACCCAGGAGGAUCUCUAAGGGACGAUUACAGGUGCAGCUGGAAGGAGAGGGCACAUUCGAGUGUUCGGUCACCGGCCUGGUGUUUGAGGCAUCGGAGCGAGUCCUCGUGCGGUACUCAGUCCUGUCCUGGUCCAAGUUUGGCUCGUUCCUCAGGGACUCCUGGAAGUUCGCUGGACCCAUCUUUAACGUGGACACCGUCAACAAGGAUGCGUCCGUGCUCAAGUCCAUCCAGUUCCCUCACUCCGUCUGUCUUGCUGAUCCAGAAAAUGAGAUGACAUUCAGCGUCCUGCACAUAAAGGACAACCGUCCACUCAUCGAGCCGACAGUGGACCACUCAGGUAGCCACGUCAAGUGGAAUGUAACGUCCUUGUCACCCGUGGGUCCCAUAAUUCAGACGAACCAGUCCGUAGAGCACCACGGGGUGGUCCUCGUCUACAAGCAGGCGGGCAGCGACAACAACAACUACAGCUUCCACGUCUACCUGGCCACCAACAGUUCAUCUGACAUCAAGGAUAUUACCAAACAGGUGCGGAGCUACAAGAAUCGCUACAUUAAGAUAGACAAGCCUCCCACGUGUAAACUGGACGAGGGGACGUAUCGCCUCGUGAGCGAGCCGGAGGGAGAGAUCAAACCUGAGGACUUGAAAUUCACCCUUGCAGUGACGAAGAUGAAGGGUUACUUUGAAGCUUUCUUCGAGCAGCCUCCUCCCUUUAAAUUGUCUCUCAUAGAGAUCAACACCGAGGAGACCGUGUGGUCGGCCACCAUCAGAGAAGGUGACUGUGUGGAGAACACAGAGAAGAAGCCGAGGAAAAGGACGAACAGCAGACAGAGGAGCAGCAGCCCCUCAGAAGAGGAGACGGCCUGUAAAAGGCCUCGAUGGCAGGACGAGUCAGACGGAGUGAGAACGGUGAUGACUCGGGACAUGUCAGAGAAGCAGCUGCUGCAGGUGGCCAAGCGGCUCGGGAAGGAGUGGAAGCAGGUGGCCAUCUAUCUGGAGUUGAACUCCAGGGAGCUGGAUGAAAUUCAAGCGGUGGAGAAAGACGUGACCAUGCAGAAGCUGAAGAUGCUGGUGGAGUGGAAGAGCAGAAGGCGGCCGGGGGAGGCCACGGCGUACCACCUGUGGAAGAGUGUGGAGGACCUGGAUGACCUGCCAAAUGAGGUCCAUCAGACUCUACAAGACAUGAUGGACAAUCGAGCAGCUAAGUGAAAGAGAUUUGACUCAAAUUGACUGUUGGGCCUCUGUUGCUCCAGCGUCGAUCUCAGGAAAACAACCAAUCAAGAGUUGACCCAAGGACCAAACAUCAGCUCUUCUGUCCGUCCGUGCUGUGGACAUGAAACUGACCUGUUUCUGAGACUGUUUUUUUUGUUUUGUUUUUUACUGUCGCAUUUCAUGAAAAGAGCCACAGCCUGAACUUUUGAUGGGCAUUUUCCAUUGUCAGUCAUGUAAUUCUGUAAUGACUACAGAGUAGACGAUUUGUACUUAAAGCUCCUGUUACGUAGCUAGAAUCAGGAAAAAAAAAAAGACCAGUAGCGGUAGAGGUCAUUGAGAUAUUUAGUAGCUAAUCAUGUAGCCAGUAAACAAUGCAAGUGUAGGUGCUGCAGUGUUGAAACUGCAAAAAACAAAAAAAAAAAGAAAAGAAAUGGGGGGGGAAAAAAAACCAACCUGUGUAUCUGUUUCACUUUUAAAUGUUAUGUUUGUGGGACUUUUUAUAAAAGAAUUGGGCAUUGCAUCACGUUCACAUGCGUGUGACUGUCCAAAGGACUGAACUAUAUUUUUGUAUUUUCGCACGCUGUCCUGUAAAUAUUUCACUUUUUUUUACAAAUGUUUUCAAACCUGUGAUUUAUUUUUUUAAAUUAUUUUUUAUUUGUUUUUGUUUGUUAUUCAACUUGUAAAACUAAGUUGCAUAAUAAUGUUUAUUUUUUCUAACUUGAAUUAUAAAUCCCUCCUGUGACUGUAACGCACAUCUUGUGUUUGUUAAGGCUAAACGUGUGUAUUACAAGAAGUGUGCACCGUGAAAACAAACAAAUAACAAGCAUUUGGAUUCAGGGCUGAAUUUAAAGAAUAAACCUGUGUGAGUGCAGCUGCAGCCUGGAAACAUUCAUAGAUUAGAUCAGAGUCAUAUUUUCGAGGCUUAUUUCAUAGCUGUAGAGCUCAGAACGCUUAUGGUUUGGAAAACAAACCCCUCCGUAAACCGCCUGUAGAAACAUUUCCACACCCAGACAUUAGUCACAGCUGUGUUCCUCUUGUACCUGUUUUCAAGCGACACUGUUUUCAACACUAUCUGGGAAAAGGCUGCAGAAAGCGGGCGAAUCAUGUCAGAUUCUCCAUUAAUGAUAUCAUGCAGUUAUGUUUACAUUCAGAGAACACAGUCGCUUCUUUUAACAAAGGACCACCACAAGUCCAGUCCGUCCUCUUUGCACUUGUGUCUGUCGUGUGUGAGUCCAGCAGAAGAACUGUGGAAUAAAUGUAAAGAUGCAAAUGUGUACCAAAUAAAAAGAGGAAAGCUCUCCUGA